AUGGGUAAGCACAAGCACCAAAGGCGGCACAAAAAAGACAAGGAAAAAGAAAGGAAGCACAAAAGCCAUAAAACGGGCAGGAAGAGGAACAAAGAAGCUAGACAAGACAGGCAACGAUCAACAAGUUGCGACAGUAGCCCUGGUAUGUAUUUCUUUAAAUUGUUUAUGAUACAAUUCACUUAAAAGUCUUAAAUAUCGUUAGUAUAUAGAGCCACUCAAACUCACAAACACUCAAAACAAAACAUAAGUGUCAUAAGUUAGCACUUUAUAGAACUGCUUCAUUCUUUAAAAAAUCCUGUUUUGUUUCCCUAAAACAGCCAAUAAACAUGGACAUUGGCAUUUGGGACCCGUUUGGACUAUCCAAGAACAGUCAGAACAAAAAUAAAAGCAAUUUAUGACAUUUAUCAAAGCUUGAGCCACCUUUACACAGCAUGUGACACAUGUCAUUUUCUGUUUUUCUGGACAUCAGAAUUAUGUAAAAUCUUAACCAGAAAGUGUAUGAAACUAUGAAUUUAAAUGGCAUUUGAAUUUUCAAAGACUUCAAAGGCUCCAGAUUUCAAAAUUAUUGGGGGGCAUACCCCCUUAGAGGUCUCAUUGCCAACUCGCUCAACUUUGUGCAUUGUACCCGAUGUUACACACAUUUUUUACAUAGUAUUAGAUUCUUAGAUGGUUUAUGUAAUACUGUUACAUACACUACAAUAACCUUUUGUAAUAUCAUGCUUUGAAUCAUGCAUCAUAAUCGUGAUAUACUAAAGUAUGUGUAGCCUAUGUCUAUACCUGUAUUACUAUUCGUCUUAUUAGUGACCAUUAGUGAGCACUUGAAGAUGCAGAAAAAUUACAGUUAUUAGGUUCCAUAUCACACUUUUUCAAGACAAUACAAGUGCCAACCUCGGUCCCAGGGUACUUUUGAGGAAGUACCCUGGUAAUUUGUGGUCAUGUGACUGCCCAGAUUUUGGGCAGUCAUGUGAAUAAAAUAAUUUGUUAUGAAGGAGGGGUGAUCAUUUAUCAUCCCGCGAGUUUGUAAUACAAACUUGCUGGAUGAUAAAUGUCGCUUUUCUCACCCCUCCCUCAUGACAAAUUAUUUUACUGCCCAACAUCUGGGCAGUCACGUGACCAUGAAUUACCAGGGUACUUCCUCAAAAGUACCCUGGGACCGAGGUUGUACAAGUGCCUGUGAGUUGUGAUAUGUUGAGACAGGCAUUCAUGUCCAGCCAAUAUUUAAUAUGGAUUUUCUUUAUUCACCAUUGUAGUGAUUGCAUAACAAUACAAUGUCUACAAUUGUUAGACUUGUUAUAGUCACUGUAUAUUAAUGGUUUUAAUCUUUAGGACCACUACAAAAAAAUACUGGACACCCAGUAAUUUUUUUUUUUACUCCAAUUCUGUUAAAAACCGAAUUUAAUGUCCAUGGAUUUGUAAUGUUUGAAAUAGCAAUAUUAGUUCAAACGCAUUAUUUUUUAGGGCAAUUAAGAAGAAAACGGCAUCAUCAUGCUGAUGGUUCUAAAGAAGACAAUCUACAUGGUUCUAACCGAAAGAAGAAAAAACGAGAAACAUCUUAUUCAAGUGAAUCAUCUGCAAGCAGUUACUCCAGCGAUCAUUCUGAUUGUAAAGACCAACCAUCCGCUAAUUUUAGCAAGAAUAACAACAUUCAGCAGACAACCAUAACCCAGUAUGGACCGUUUGGGUCUCCUUCAUCACUGUCAUCAUAUUUGACAUGUGAUGCAAUUAUUGAGGUUUAUAAGUAUGGUCAUAGUAAAAAGUCUGGGUCUAGAAAUACCCUUAUAGCUCUUCAUGAAAACCACAAGGAUUUACAAAUCCUCAAGUCAGAGCUGCGUAAAAAGUAUGGAUUGCUAACUGAUGCUCGAAGGUGGCUUAUUGGUGAUUUUAACCUAGAAAUUGGAAUAUGUGACAAUCGAGAAGGUGUGUCUGGGAAGGUUUACAUUGCAAGUAGCCAACUGGAGUGGGAAAAUCUGCGCACAAAAGUUUACAGUGGAAUGGGGCAAUACACGCUUUUGGGCAAGUAA